AUGCAUCUAGAUACCUUUGCAAGUAAAGUUGCUGCUGUCGGUGAUCAAUAUGCAGAUUCAUCUAUUGGCAACGUUACUGGAAGUAAUGCUGUUAAUGUAUUCUUGGGCAUUGGCCUAGGUUGGAGUAUAGCAGCUAUCUAUCAUGCUAUCAAAGGGACACCCUUUCUAGUUCAACCAGGAUCAUUAGGCUUCUCUGUAACAGUGUUCUGUAUAUUCGGUUUAGUUGCUAUCGCGUUAAUAUUGUUCAGACGGAAAAAAUCAAUUGGCGGUGAAUUAGGAGGUCCAAAAUUAGCUAAAUACACUUCAGCCGUGUUUUUAUUCUUCUUAUGGUUUCUUUAUAUCCUUUUAGCUGGUUUAGAAAAUUACUGUAUUAUCGAAGGCUUUUAA